AUGAGUGAUGAAGAUGUGGUCCGUGAUAUGAGAACCAAUACAAAUGUUAAUACAGCCACAGCUAAUAAAAGGCUAAGCAUAGAACAAGAACGCAUGAAAAAUGUGAAAUCUGGAAGUCAAGGUCAAUCUAAAACUUCCUCAUCGUCAAAUCAAAGCGGAGUCAUUCCUUCAAAUGAAGAUAAAAUUCUUGCAGGUUCAAACCCCAAAGGAGAUGACAAGCGAAAUUUGACAAAAAAAAUAAAUAAUUAA